AUGGUUCGGUCGAAGAGUCCGGUCUCGGAAACAGCAGGAAUCAGGCUGAGAGGAAGGGGAAGAGAAAACAAGGAGAGGCAAUCAUGGGCAACGCCCAGUCGCCGUCCCCCGACCCUCCCCUUGAUGCGGCAAGCUUGGCUUUCUCGAAGCAAGAGUUGGAGGAUCUGAGGUCGCUCUUCGUGUCGCUGGCUGCUCAAUCUGGGAGCAACCGCAAGUUCAUUUCCCAGCCCGUGUUUCAGGCGUAUUUUCGGGUUCCUGGCCCGCUCGGCGCCAGGAUGUUUCAACUGGCUGCUCGAAAGCGGAACGAUGGCAUGCUCACUUUUGAGGAUCUCGUUGUUACCAAAGCAACAUAUGAGAAAGGUGCUCGAGACGAAAUUGAGGAAUUUAUAUACCAAUUAUGUGAUGUUACAGGAGACAGCAUUCUAGGAAGGUCUGAUAUCGAGGCUGUACUAAAGUCAAUACAUGAAGCCUUAUUUUCUCCAGAAUCUGAUGAUAAUGACUUGAGUUCACAACACCAGGAUAUUCUAGAAGUGUUUAUUAAUGCAGCAAUAUUUUCGGAAAAAGUUGAAGGAUUGGCCGGGGAAAGUAUGUCUUUGGCAGAUUUUAGAAGUUGGUGUAGCCUUCUCCCAUCAGCAAGGAAGUUCCUUGGAAGUUUGUUGACACCACCUGAUUCAGGCAGACCAGGCUACCAAGUUCCAUGUCUACAGCAUCCAGAAAAUGUAUCAUCUGAUAUGCUACUCUUGUGGAAAGAAUAUGCUUGGCAUAUUGGAGGAGCUCUCUCGCAGAAUGAGGUGGAAGAGUGGAAGCUUUUGUACCAUAGUGCAGUUAAUGGCCUCAGCUUCUCAACCUUUUUGGGCAAUAUAUCAAAUGGAGAUGGACCGACUGUGUUGAUUAUCAAAGAUACUGAAGGUUAUGUGUAUGGAGGAUAUGCUUCUCAACCAUGGGAAAGGCAAAGUGAUUUUUAUGGUGAUAUGAAAUCCUUUCUCUUCCAGUUGUAUCCAAAAGCUUCCAUUUUUCGUCCAACAGGAGCAAAUAAUAAUUUGCAAUGGUGUGCUGUGAACUUUAGCUCAGAUAGCAUCCCAAACGGCAUUGGCUUUGGAGGACGUGCAAAUCACUUUGGUCUUUUUCUAUCUGCAAAUUUUGAUCAGGGCCACACCUUUUCCUGCACAACUUUCAACAGUCCUUGCCUAUCGAAGACAAGUAAGAUACAUCCAGAAACAAUCGAGUGUUGGGGAGUCCUAGCAAAAGGGCCACAGAAUGGAAAGCCUGAGGUAUUGAAAGGUACGGUUCUCGAGAGGUUUAAGGAGGAUCGAAACAUGCUUAAGAUGGUAGGCCUGGCAAACUCAAGCGACUGAACAUUCAGAGUGAUAAUUUAUCAAGGUAAUAACAACUAGAGAAAUGGCUUCUUUACAAGAUUAUUUUCCCCUUCAUGCUAUGUUACAUACAAGAGCACAGUCUCUCCCUUGAAUGACUCUCUUAUCUGUCUGCUGUCGCAUUGCUGGUUUUAUCUAAGUUCAUUUCUCAUCGUUAGAUAUUACACAUGGAUUGGGGACGGUUUCUGUUGUGCUCGAACAAUUAUAAGUUUCAGAAGAUGACUAUAGAGAGCCUCAUGUAUAUGGACAGAGUAUGGUAAAAUGUAAAUGGUGAAUGUUACAUGCAAGUCAUAUUAUAUUUGUGGAUAUUGACAUUCUCAAACUUCAACCUCCCGUAAUUUUCUCCAGUAGGUAACCAGUGGCCAUCACUUUCCUGGUAGCUUGGACUGUAUAAUUGUUGAACAGUUGUUCUAUCAUCUUCCUCAAGUUACCCUCGAGUUCUGGAGUAACUCCUGGCCACUUGAAUUCGCGGGCGACAGAAGCAUUAUCUGAUGCACUUGGUUCAUUGUUUAAGAUGCCACACUCCAAUUCCUAGCUGUGUUACCAUGCAUAAAAUUCCACCUUAUGUAAGUGUGGCCAGCUCAUAGCCUGCUACGUCCAAAAUAGUGGCAGUGAGUAGUGGCUAUCAGAAUCAUCAAGAGUUUGAUUUCAAUUGAUUUCCUGCUGAAAGAAACAUGAAUCAAUCUUGCGACUGUGGUUGCAAGGUGUGCAAGUCUCACCGUCCUGCUCUACUGUCGACGACUGCUGCUAACAGAGCUCGUCAGGUGCACUCAAUGAUUGGAGUCUCUCACUCUCUUGAAAAGGCGUGGCCAAGUUCGACCGACCAUGUCGUUGUUUUAGUGCCCUUCUGCAACAUGCCAAGCUCUUUCUCGCUUUCCUCACUGGAGUUGAGACUCGACUUGUUCUUCCAUCAUUUGGUCCCCCCAUUGUCCUGAGUCCUCGUUCCACUAGAUUUACAGCCUGAUGCCAGUGAGCAUUCUGGCUACCAGAAAGGAGAAAAGAAGAGAGAGAGAGAGAGAGAUAGUUGAAGGUCCCUACGAGGUCUUAGCUCAUGACCCUUGAGUUAUAAUAUUACUAAUCCUUGUCCGCUGGUUCCCUGACAGAAGAAAACAAUCAGAUUCCUUACAGCUCCAUGAAUUCUGCAGUGGAUACAUGGCGUGACCCAGAAGCUGUUGGUGUUUGAGCACAUUCCCAUGUGUUUUCUUAUCUCCUUGUUCAGAUAACCCCACGACACAUGCAGCAAGGAUUAGAUAUUGUAGCAUUACUGCAUGCUAAUUGAAAGAUACCCACUCAUUUAUGUAUGUGCACAUGCAAAAAGAGAGUUGGGGAUCUGUGGAUAUCAAAUGCAGGCGAGGUGGGCGUACCCAUGGUCUACAGGUGUCCCAUCCAUAUGCUCAUGGAGAAGAAGAGGCAGGUGGGUUUGCAUGAUGGGGAACUGGAGGAGGAGAGGGUGCAGAGUACAUUGCACACAACAGCAGGGGAGAUGAACGGUUGGAAAGUGGCAGGUGUUGGACUAAUCUUAUCUUCUUCUUCUUCUUCUUCUUCUUCUUCUUCUCCAUCUUCAUCCCUGAGAGUCCUAAUUCCCUUCCAUCAAGUACAUGUAGUCGGUCCCCAUCAAGCUAAAACCCACAUGAUAAAAUAGCUUCACUGUCCUGCUUUUUGUAGAUGGAGAUCAAGGAAGUGGCAAUGCCUAACAAAAUACUUGUUUGAGCUCAGUAGAUGGAAACUCUAAUAUUGACCACAAUUCUGAUUAGAGCUGCAUUCUGACCCAGUACACAAGCAGUCGGUUCUGAACGUUGGUAUUCUCAAUGGUCAAGUUUAGGCAAUCCAUCUUUCAUGUUAUGGUGGAGUUCAACCUACUCUCUCGGUCAUACAUUCCGGCGAUGAGAGUCCUCCGGGUCCCUGAUGAGGUGACUACAGAGAAAGGAUUCGACCUGACUCCUUGGAUCGACGCGGAUUAUUGAGGGACUCGGGAUGUAUUCCAGUUAAAAGAAAACAACCCCGGUUGCCAGGAGUCGUCGAUAGACAACACUCCACGUGGAAUAUAAUUGCUUGGGGCUCACACUGGAUGGCUGUGAUGAGGACACAAGCGCAGCACUGGCUUCUGCAUACCACCACCUGACCAUUCCUCAUCAACAAUCCAUGGAUGUUCUGAUCGAUCGACCAGGCGUGUCCCUUACAUCUGUAGCCAGAUGUUGCUGCGUCCGAAGUUAUUCUUCGCGGGCUAUAAAUGCAUGGUAAUAUCACUCGGACACCUUCAGCACCACCAACCGUCCACGGCCCCCGCCAUCUCUCUCCCCUCUUCUUUGUCGUCGCUUCCAGACUUGAGCCACUACCAAACACAUAUGGCACAACAUCACCCACAAGCUUGGUCUUGGAUAGAUCUGCACCACCAUUAUCAGCAUCUCUACCAAGCAGAGGAGGAGGAAUCAAUGGUUGAGAGAGAAAACAUGUUUGAAAAGCCCCUAACCCCUAGCGAUGUAGGCAAGCUCAACAGGCUGGUCAUCCCAAAGCAGCACGCCGAGAAGUACUUCCCCCUCGGCCGCGACUCAGGCGAGAAAGGCCUUCUGCUGAGCUUCGAGGACGAAUCAGGCAAGGCAUGGCAGUUCCGGUAUUCUUACUGGACCAGUAGCCAGAGCUACGUGCUGACCAAAGGGUGGAGCCGCUUUGUCAAGGAGAAGAGGUUAGAUGCAGGCGAUGUCGUGCUCUUUGGACGUCCACGGUUCGGGGGAGACCGUCUCUUCAUCGGGUGCAGACAUCGGUGGGCAAACGAGAGCCCGCCACCGGCUCACGCCAUGGCCGUGCCCACUGCGGCAGGGCCACGGCGGGCAGUGUGCCACCCUGAUCCUUGCUCCUGUCCAACGAGCACCUCAUGCUUCAGCUCGGUGCAGGAGGACUGUCUUCUUCUUCGCGCAGGCGAUCAGAGGGAUGAAGCAGUGCAGAGUGAGGCAGUGGCACCUGCUCACUCGAAGCGAUUCAGACUCUUCGGCGUGGAUUUGGACUAUCGGCCGGCGCCUGAGCCGGAGCCUUCGAUCCCAAUCUCAUGGUUUUAGGCCACAGCGCAUGCCAGUCCAAGCCGACAAAUGCUUCCAGCUCGGUUGCUGCAAAGACUCGACUCACAAGGUUGCCUAAAUCGAGAAAAUAGGAUAAAAGGAGGAAGGCCACGUUCACAAGGUUCGAUUCACUUGUGAGUUCCCAGCAUAAGACACGAGAACAACAAAAGUUAGGAGAAGAGGAGGGGACAAGAAUUCCCCGGUUUUCCGUUUAAAUUUCCUUCGAAAAAAUGCACUGUGCAGGGUCUGACGAAUGGGUGAAGUUUCAGGAAACGUCAGCUUGGCACUGUGACUCACUCUCGUUAGGUGUGUUGUUCUUCGGGAAAGGACUCCAGAAAUCACUGGCACCUUCUUCUUUUUAUUUUUUCUGAAGUUGAACAGGAAUCGAGUACAGUGUACAGUGUACACUCGACCAUCUUUAACUAGGCAAUAAACUGAUCGAUGUGUUGGCACA